AUAAGUAUUCUCCCCAUUGAAUAAUUAUUUCUAUUUCUUCUCGAAAAAUUAGACUUAGUCUAACCUUAUUAAAUUUUUGUAUUAUUUUUUGUCGAAAAAAUAGAGUGUAGUUUCUAAUUCAUAUAGUACUGGUCGGCGGUCACAGGGCUAUAUUAUGACUAAAAAGUGACAAAUAUUUUCCCCAAAUUCCACGGCACAUUCACUUCUACUUACUAAAAUCCUCCACUUCUUCACCAAUUAAUCAAUCUCUUAUUCUAAUUUUUCUCUUAAUUUUCAAGAUUACUAUGGAUUCUUUUAGAAUAUGGUUCAAGUCUGUUGGGAAAUUUCUUGGACAAUUUAAAAAAGGGAAAGAUAAACCAAAGAGAAUGGCUUCUGAUUUCAGUUGGUUAUCAGGUUUUGCAUCUAUGAAAUUGUCUAGUCAACUAAAAUUAGUCUUUAAAUUCAUUGAUGCAAAUGGUGAUGGAAAGAUAUCUCCUUUAGAGUUAACUGAAAUUUUGUUGAGUGUUGGACAUCAUCAAGAAUUGAAAGCUGCAGAGGAAAUAGCAGAGGUUAUGGUUAAAGAAAUGGAUUGUGAUGGGGAUGGAUUGGUGGAUUUGGAUGAGUUCUUGAAUGUUAUGGGGGUAGAAAAAGAUCAACUUUUUGGUGAUUAUGUAAGGAAUAUUGAUGAGAUAAUUAGACAAGUUUUUCUUGUCUUUGAUGUUGAUAAAAAUGGGCUUAUAUCAGCUAAGGAAUUGAGGAGAGUUUUAAUUAGUCUUGGUUGUGUUAAUUGCAGUGUUAAAGAGUGUAGAAGAAUGAUUAAAGGGGUUGAUAAAGAUGGUGAUGGAUUUGUUAAUUUUGAAGAAUUUAAACAAAUGAUGGCUACUGGAUGCAAUCUUUAAUCUUUUUUACUCUGUUUUUUUGUUUUGUUUAUUGGAGUGUGAGUCUAUGACAUGCUUAAAUGGAGCGUCAUGUACAGUGAAGAUUUAUAUAGCUAAUUCUCGAUUUGUUAGGAGGAUUAAGACAUACUUAUUGUUGUUCUGUUAAAAUUUCUUCAAACCAAGUGAGUUAAUUAGUUUGUGGAUUUUUUAAGUCUUUUAAUUGUUGGGUUAUGUAGAGUUCAGAAUUUGUACAAGUUUUAAUUCUCCUCUUUCCAAGUUCUAUCUUUGAUGCUUUGUGUUCUGAAGUGUACAUGUUUGUGUGUGUAUUUUCCAUGUUUUUUUUUUGGAUAAUAGUUAGUUUACACGUGGCCUCAACUACUUAUGUCCAUCAAAUUUGGACAAGUGUGUUUCUUCA